AUGGCAUCCGCAAUCGACUCGUUAACCGGCCUCCUUCUUACCAACCCCAUCGCGAACACAAUAGGAGAUGCCGUCAACUCUUUCUCGGAGCGCAGGGCAAAGCUCGGUCUCAGCAACCCCGGAACGAUAGAAAGCCUGUCCAGGGAGGUGCAGCGCGAUGUCUUUCUCAACAACUCCAUGUUCACGGGCGUGCGCGCGGAUCUCACCAAGAUCUUCAGCAUGACCCCUCUCUUCCAGGUCUCGCACCAGUUCGCUCUCGGCGAGCGCAUUAACCCCUAUACCUUUGCCGCCAUGUACGGCACUAACAAGAUCUUCGCGCAAGGCAACGUCGAUAAUGAGGGUACCCUGUCCGGCCGCUUCAACUUCCGAUGGUCUGAGAAGCUGGUGUCAAAGUCGCAACUCUCCAUCUCCCCUGGUGGUCAGGACAUGGCCCAGUUUGAGCACGAGUACACUGGCGAUGACUUCAGUGCGUCCCUGAAGAUGCUGAACCCUUCCUUCCUUGAGGGUGGGAUGACCGGUAUCUUCAUUGGCAGCUACCUCCAGUCUGUCACACCCAAGCUCGCCCUGGGCAUGGAGACUCUCUGGCAGCGUCAGGCUCUGACCCAAGGCCCAGAGUGCGCCGUCUCGUACUCUGCUCGCUACAAGUCUGCCGACUGGGUCGCGACUGCCCAGCUCCAGGCUGCCAUGGGCACCCUUAACACAUCUUUCUGGAGGAGACUGUCGGACAAGGUUCAGGCCGGUGUCGACCUCAGCCUGGGUCUCGUGCCCUCAAACGGCAUGAUGGGCGGCGGUCUCCAGAAAGAGGGUGUCACCACUAUCGGCGCAAAGUAUGACUUCCGCAUGUCGACCUUCCGCGCACAGGUCGACUCCAAGGGCAAGCUCAGCUGCUUGCUGGAGAAGCGCGUGGCCCCCCCUGUCAUGAUGACAUUCGCUGCCGACAUUGACCACUUCACUCAAUCUGCCAAGCUCGGUCUCGGCGUGUCGAUCGAGGCGGCGCCAGAGGAGCUCCAAGAGCAGCAAGAGGCUGCUGGCGGCCCCUCUACCCCAGCCAACAUCCCCUUCUAA